AUGCGCAGAGGUCGCCCGCCAUUUUAUGCGCACCGGGAGCGAUCGCGCGCCCCGCACAGGCGUUACCUUUUCAGAAACUUGUUUUAAAAUCUUUUUUUUUUUAAACAACUGUCAUUUUCGCGAGCCAAAGUUUCACCCAGGAGGCCCUUUUUUCCUCCACAGCCCUCCCUGAUGGCGGCGGAGAACCAGGCCGGGCUCGCCGCGGAAGCGACGGUUUCCCUCGGCGACUCGGAAGACCUCGGCGGGAUGACGCGGCGGCGGCUGAGCGACCUGCGGGUGAUCGACCUGCGGGCCGAGCUGAAGCACCGCAACCUGGACAGCGGCGGCAACAAGAGCGUCCUCCUCGAGAGGCUGCGGAAGGCUAUUGAGGAAGAAGGAGGACAUCCUGAUGAGAUUCCAGUGGUAUCAGAAAUAAUCCCCAAGAAAGUGCCCAAAAGAAGCAGUAAAGGGCGCAGGCCCGAAGAAGAGGGAGCGGAGGACAACGGACUUGAAGAUGAAUCCGGAGACGGACAGGAGGAUAUUGAAGCAAGUUUGGAUAACUUGCAAGAUAUUGACAUGAUGGAUAUUAGUGUGUUAGAUGAAGCUGCGAUAGAUAACAGCAGUGGUGUAGACUGCCGAGAGGAUAGCAGUGCUGAUAGUAGACUUGACUCCCUCCUUGACAGUAAGGAGUGUGCUGAUUCAGAGAGGAGAGGAGAACUUCCAGAGCAGCGGGCAGGAGGUGCUGUAGGUAACAUGGAGGCAGCUGUGCUCUUGCCAGACAUCCCAGAAGGAUCGAGAGAAAUCCCGGUAGCCAGGGUAGAGAAUGAAGAGGCCGGUGGCGCCAUAGAUCUAUCAUCUGCCGAUUUUGCAAACAUGAAGGAGCUUGAAGAGUUUCCUUUGGAACCAGAAAAUGAGAAAAUGCUCGACAUUUUGGGUGACACUUGUAAAUCUGAGCCCCUUAAAGAAGACACUUCCGAAGCGGAGCAGGCGCAGGAAGCGAAUAAUUCAUGGCCGGGCAAAAAGGAAGACGAGGAAGAGGAAGACUUGCCGGCCGCCGCCUCCACGCAGUCGGACGAAGACCUUGUAGAUACGGACAGCCAGUCAGGCCAGGCCGCGGCCAAGAGCAAGGAGGAAGAAGAGAAGCUCUUAGUGGUAGCGAGAGGGGAGCCAAGCGAGCAGACAGUUGAGGAAGCCAGACCGGACUCGGACUCUUUAGCGGUAGAGAGCAGGAGUGGAGGUGGAGGUGAGAGUAGCAGAGGAGCCCAGACUCCGGAAGCCUGUAGUGAGGAAACCGCGGAGUCGGACACAGGUCCCCCAGGGGUUAGCCCCCGGGAGGCCGAGAAGAUGGAAGUGAAGGCUAAUUGUGAGGAGGAGGAGGAGGAGGAGGAGGAGUCCUCUGCCACUAGAGAGUCCUCUGCCCAAGAGGGUGGUGAUCAGAACACGAGCUCCAAGGAGGAGGCAGAGGCUACGAGCGCUCCCAGGGAUGAGAAGGGUCGCUCCGCCGCUAGCUCUGGCAGAAACCUGUGGGUCAGCGGUCUUUCCUCUUCCACCAGAGCGACGGAUCUGAAGAAUCUGUUUAGCAAAUAUGGCAAGGUGGUAGGUGCAAAAGUAGUGACGAACGCCCGCAGCCCUGGGGCCCGCUGUUAUGGCUUUGUCACCAUGUCUUCGUCUGAGGAAGCAACCAAGUGCAUCAGCCACCUCCAUAGGACAGAACUGCAUGGAAAGAUGAUUUCUGUGGAGAAAGCCAAAAAUGAACCUGCGGGAAAAAAGCCGUUAUCCGAGAAGAAAGAAAACGAUGCCAAGAAGGAAAGAGACAGGCGGCAUUCCACGGACUCCAAAUCAGAAAAGUCUCUUAACCUUAAAGAAGAAAAAACAGACAAAAAGGAAGACUCCAAAACAUCAGAAGAGAAAGACAGCGGAGACGAAAAGAAGGAUAAAGAAACAGAAGAGCAGAAAAGUGGAUCAUCUGGACGUUCGCGAUCUGUUAAAUCAGGAAGCCGGGGAACCGAGCGGACAGUUGUUAUGGAUAAAUCCAAAGGGGAGCCGGUGAUUAGCGUGAAAACCACAUCCACAUCAAAGGAGAGAAGCACAAAAAGCCACGAGCGCCAUUCCGGGAGCAAAGAGAAGCAAGACAUCCUGUCUUUCGAUAAGAUCAAGGAGCAGCGUGAGCGAGAACGGCAGAGGCAGCGAGAGCGGGAGAUCCGAGAGACGGAACGGAGGAGGGAACGGGAGCGGCGGGAGCGGGACCAGCACACCCAGGCGGCCCACGAGUGGGACGAAAGGCAGCGGCUGGAGCGGGAGCGGGAGCGGCUGCACUUCCAGAGGCAGCGCCUGGAGCGGGAGCGCCUGGAGCGGGAGCGGCUGGAGCGGGAGCGGAUGCGCAUCGAGCACGAGCGGCGGCGGGAGCAGGAGCGCAUCCAGCGGGAGCGGGAGGAGCUGCGGCGGCAACAUGAGCGGCUGCGCUACGACCAGGAGCGGCGUGUGGCCCUGCGCAGGCCCUACAGCGACGGACGGCGGGACGAUGCCUACUGGCCGGAACCAAAGCGGAUGGCCAUGGAUGACCGAUACCAUUCGGACUUCGGCCGGCAAGAUCGCUUCCACAGCUUUGACCACAGAGAUCGUGGCCGAUACCAAGAUCACUUCGCGGACAGGAGAGAGAGUUCAAGAAUAGUGCCAGACCGAGAUGGACAGCACUAUCCUGAUGACCGUCACGGAGGCCCCGAUCGCCAUUCCCGGGACAGCUGGACGGGUUAUGGGUCAGAGAGGAGGCUGAGCAGAGGACGAGGUUUGCCUCCCCAGUCCCGGGAAGGGCGACACUGGAGCGAUCACAGCCGGAAGCUCGAGGAGCAUCAAGACCGUUCCUGGGCGGGGAGUUCAGACGGAGAGAUGAUGGGACGGGAGCACGAACGAUGGCAAGGUGAUGAGCGGAGCGUUCCUGGCCAGUCCGGGCCCGGCCAUGUAAUGAACGGAGGAGAGAGAUCAGGGCGUGGAGAGUUUGCACAAGGCGGACCGCAGAACCCAGUAGCACAAGGAACCAACAUGCAAGGCGGCUUUGCAAGCCAGGAUCGAUCAGACCGGCCGAGCGACCCCCGUUUUGCCCGCCGUUAUUGAAGACUUCGCUUUCCAACAAAAUGUGGCAACUCUGUGGAAUUUUGCUCCCCUGGUUAUUGCCCUGAACUGUUGUUGCUGAAACAGAAGCCCACCGCAGUAGCUUGCAGAUGAUGUGAACUCAAUUGUGUUCCGUGUGCGUGUGUGUUCCCCCCCCCCCCGCUCUGGGUAUGUUCUUAUCUGGACACCACUCGGCUGUUUCGGAGGAAACAUUCCAUUUUCCACAAACAAUAAAUCCGUACUGUAUCGA